AUGGCCAGCGCCGCAUUCAUCUGCCGCAGGGCCCUCGCCCAGCGCAUCGUCCCUGUCACAUUGGGCCUGUCAUCCGGCGUCUACCUCAUCGCCCGACAGAAGCCGAUGCGCCUCGACGCCCUGCCGGCUCGGGUGACGCCGAGCAGCCGUCAAGAGCCGCCCGAGGUCCACGAACGCCUCAACCCGGACAUGAUCAAGCAGCUCUCCAGCGGCAGUAUCGCCGGUUUCCUCAGCGGCUUGGUAGUCGCCGUCUUCUCAAAGACUCUCGUCUUCCUCAUUGGUGUGGCCAUUGUUACGGUACAGAUUGCAUCCAGAUAUGGCAUUGACCUGGUACACACACUCAAGCUCAAAGAGCGGGCGAAGUCCUCUAAGAUCUUAUCCGCCCUGUCGGAAAACACUCCCUUCAAGACCUCCUUUGGUGUUACCUUUGCCAUGGCGUCCUUCAUGCAAUUCUAG